AUGCUGGGCUGGGUUCUUAGACGAGGGUUGGAGGGCGCGUCUGGUGGAAACAGAGCAAACGCAGGUAAGGAGAUCCCGCGCAACGUUCUAGUUGCCUUUCACGACUUUUCUAACCUUGUGACAGACGACACGACGCAGAUUGAACAACCAGACACACCCGCACCCAUCUUUGCUGCCCGCGCGCUGAAAAGUGCCAUCUUUGGAACACCCGCGCGACCAGACGACGACAACACCGCGAACAUGGCGCAUCGCAAAGACGCAGACGAUUCCGACGCUGAAUCCCGAACGCCAUUAAGACCACAGGGAAUCCUCCUCACUCCUGGGACCGGAACUUCUCGGCGGAAGCGCGUUUCGUUCGGGCACGACGUGUUGGAUAACAAGAGAGUCGACAACAAGAAGGGCAAGGGAAGAGAUACCGACGAACGACCAGGAAAAUUCCCCGACAGCUUCGCCGACUCAAGCAGCGACUCUGCAAGCAAGCGCACCAAGUUGACGGAGGCGAUGGAGAACUCUCGACGCAACAAGGGCACUGCGAGCUCGCGCGAGAGGAGCCAGACACGCGCCAACGCAACGAGGGGGGACGAUGCGGAGGACGAAUGGGAAGAAGCCGACGAUGACCAGUGCACGCAAGACGUUACGAUUGACCUUAAUGAGCCUCAUUCGCGAUCGGGCAAGUAUUGGAAGUCGGAAUUCGAACAGUAUCACCGGGACGCUAAAACCGAGAUGGAGAAACUGCUCAAGUACAAGCAACUAGCGAAAUCAUACGCCAAAAUGAAGGAUGCCGAAGCCAUUGACCUGAACGCAAAGCUCAAGGAGGAGCAAGAGAAAGCCGCGCAGAUGGAGAAGAAGAUUUCCGAAAUGGCAGCGCAAAUCGCUUCGAAUCGCACCAGUGGCGAGGAAAGGGACAACCCUCAGUUGAUGAAGGACUUGGCUAAGCAGACCGCGGUCGCUGUCGAGUAUAGAACACAAGUGAAGGAGCUGGCAGCAUUACUGGAUAACCGCGACGGAGACGAUGACGAAGGAGAUGCGCGAAGUAGACGCCGAAGGCAGGCCGCCUCUCCACGAACCCACAAGACGUUGCUUGAAACGCAACGCGAGUUGAGAAAGGCGAGGGCACAAGUCAAAGAGAACGGUCAGCUGCGAGAGGAAGUUGAGCGGUUGAAGUCCGACCUUCUCUUUGCCGAGCAGCGAGCGAACAAACUCGCCGAGGAGAACAAGCGACUUGCCGAACAACAGCCCCUGCAGAACAAGGAGGCGGCCUCGUCGAGCAAACUAGUGGAAGAACUGAAGGAGGCAGCCCGACAGAAGGAUGAAGAGCUGCGCAAGCUCAAAUCUGACUUUGAGACCUACCGGACGGAUGCGGAAGCCACGCAAGAAGAUACCCGGCGCAUCCUAGAGAAAGCAACCGAGAAGAUCAACGACCUGAAGAGAGAGAUCAAGACGCUCAGGGCGGGUUCAGCUGAGGCGCCCAAAUCUAGAGCUGCAGCCACCUCUACGGCAGACCGCGAGCCUGUUACGAGGGAACAUCGUACUCAGGACAACGACCGCCUCGCUACGAUAAGCAAGACACGGAAGUCCUCGGCUGAUACCGGCCGACGAAGCCUCGACCUCGUGGAAUCGCUCGGCAAGAAGCUCAAUGAGACAAAGUCCCAAAAUCUUCGGGACAAGUAUCAGCAAGACGCAGACGCCGAGUCUCUUAGUUCGGGAGAGGACGAGCCUGUAAAGGAGCCCCCAAGGCGUCCCCAAUCCGAAAUCUUCUCAAGCCGCGUCAACUUGGACAAGCCUAAGUGGCGGCCGUUCAUCCCAAGAUCACCUCGCAACAGAGAAUACCUAGGUCCCGAUCUAAACGAACGGAUCGUGACUUCGAGCGAGAUCCCCUCGGGAACUACACCGGCACCGCGGCACAGAUUCACCAGCAAAGAGAACAACCCUCCCAUCGACUUAUUGCAGGACCGGUUCGCUCGACUUGGCGGCCCGGACAUCGAUGCUAGCACCAUGAUGGCGGCGAAUAUGUCAAGGAGCACCCUGCCUCCUGAAAGGCGGGCUGCAGCAAUCGCACGAAUAGAACAGAGGAAGGCCGACAAGAGGCGCGCAGGGUCAGGCCAGAGCAACAACAACAAGGAGAACAUGCGACCUCAGCGGUGA